CUUCGUGCUAAUAAAAGCUCCAACAUCCGACCUCGGUCUAUUAAUUUGAAGGCGAGAUAGUUUACGAGUAGCGGCUUGUGGCUUCUGCCUUCUGGCUUCUCGAGGCAGAGGCAUCAUCCGGCAUAUUCACAUAUACACCACACAUCAUGGCCAAUACUCGUGGGAUACUGUCAGCGAUGAAGCUGUACGAGUAUAAGUCUCUGGAAACCGUAGAAGAAAUAAGACUUCUCACAAUACUUCCAGGCCAGUUCGAGGACGAUCUCCAGAUCGAGAUCCACCACGCCUUGUUACAACUGCCUGACGCGGCUCCUACCCAAAGGUUGCCCAUCAACCAGUUGCAAGAAACGUUGCUGGACGGAUGGCGAGUUUUUGAGACGAUAGAUUGCAAGUAUCUGUUCUGGGGAAUUCGCACGGGAGAAACAUCAUGGCAUCAUCCAAACCCCCGAGUCAGUCGUAUGCUGUAUGCGCCACUGCCAAACUAUCCAGACGAUACAUUCAUGCCUGAAUAUGAGGUGCUGUCAUCCACGUGGGGCGAUAAAACUCAGCAGGCUGAAAUAACGGUGGUCAAUGCAGCCAAUGCUCUUGAAGAGCACAGUAAAAUUGAGAUGCAAUUUGACCUCGCUGACGCCAUCAGACAACUCCGCCUCACAGAUAGGACACGCACGCUUUGGGUCGACAUGAUAUGCAUAGACCACAAUAACAAAAGUGAGAAGGCCAUGCAGGCUAAGUGUAUUGGGCGAGUUUAUGCGCUAGCAUCGGUCGUCAUCGUGUGGCUCAGCCACCGAGGAGACAGCGCUGCUCUUGGUCUCGAGACCCUGGCGAAGCUUGGGGGCGAGAUCCAGUACACUAUGGAUGACUUCUGCUUCCCUACCCCUCAGACCACUUACCCGGAGUGGGUCAAGGAGAACACAGCACCGCCAUUUACCAUUGUCGAAUGGAUCGGAGUAGUCGAUUUGCUUAGGCUUGCUUGGUUUCAACAGCGUUGGUCUUGGCAGGAAAUCCAGCUUGGGAACCGAAAUCGCGUUAUGAUAUGCGGGGAGUCCGCGAGGUCGUGGGCAACGGUUCGCAGGGCAAUUAUGGCUCUGUACGGACUGACACGAUGCUUCGGUGGUGGUAUGUUAGAAGUGCAUGGAUUGGUCUGUGGCAGUGUUGAAAGCAUAUUUACGCCUGGCUGGAUUCCCGAGGACAUUUCAAGGCUGUCGGCGCUAUUGCAGAUGCUGAGAGAUUUAAAGCCAGUUGCCAAACGGCUACAAGAUUGCAAUAUAGACUUGAUCGAUGAGCUUGUCUCCAUACUGUGCGACUGCUUCACCAAGGACCGGCUCCCGGACGAUGCGAGCGUGUGGGACCAGCAAGAGGUUCGCAACCUGCUCGACGCCGCAUUAGGAGGUGGAGACUCGAAUGGCCCCUUCGAUGUUAACCUAUGGACACGGCUUAAGGUAAGAAACCAGGGCCACAGCCUUAUUGUCAGCCACAACGGACUGAUUGGGAAGGUCGGGGAUGGCCGCGAGAUGGUCCGAGCUGGCGAUAUGAUCACCACUGUACUGGGACGCAACUCCUCAUUGAUCCUCCGGCCGGCCGGUGACGACGCCUAUGUUGUCAUCACAGGUGCUUUGGUACCAAGUCUCUGUGACUCUGUAUCUAUCCUUAGCCCUCUUCCCGACGGAUGGAAGAUAAAGUUGAUAGACGACCGUGAUCACCCUCAACCUCAGCCGCACUACACCAACAACGCUACAAAUGAAACAACUCGCGAAGAUCCCCGCUUAGGCCCGCUGCCGCCGGGCUGGAUUCGGGUUCAGGGCGAGUGGCAGCAUUCGCAGCCGAUUUUCGUGGAGCAUUUCCAGAACGUGAUGACGGGGGAGGUGGUUCACUGGGAUCUGAGGCUGGAUGCCGAUGCUCUGAGGGAUAGAGGGGUUGCGAUAAAGACCUUUCUUUUGAAGUGA